AUGGCCAGCGCAAAGCCAUUGACAAUGUUGGCGCGCAGCCGCCCAGCAGCCACGCUGCUCCGGUCACCGCAGUUCGCGUCUGGACGCCUCCCCUCGCCCGCCACCGUCGCCUUCUUCUCUACCACUCUAUCCCGAGCCGCCACUCCAGCAGGACCCCCGCCGCCAGGCUUCCGGUUACCAAAGCCGAAGCGAUGGGAUGAAGGAGAAGGUGCAUUGGACCGCGCCGGCAAGUACUUCUUGCUUAUGGAGAUGUUCCGUGGCAUGUACGUGUCGCUGGAGCAGUUUUUCCGACCACCAUACACCAUCUUCUACCCAUUCGAAAAGGGCCCCAUCUCACCCCGCUUCCGAGGCGAGCACGCCCUGCGACGGUACCCCACGGGUGAGGAGCGUUGCAUUGCUUGCAAGCUGUGCGAAGCCAUCUGCCCUGCGCAGGCCAUCACAAUCGAGGCUGAGGAGCGUAUGGACGGUAGCAGGAGGACCACACGUUAUGACAUUGACAUGACCAAGUGCAUCUACUGCGGUCUCUGCCAGGAGAGCUGCCCAGUCGACGCCAUUGUUGAGGGACCCAAUGCUGAGUAUGCCACCGAGACACGAGAGGAGUUGCUUUACAACAAGGAGAAGCUGCUAGCAAACGGAGACAAGUGGGAGCCUGAGAUCGCCGCUGCUGCUCGUGCGGAUGCGCCUUACAGAUAA